UGCUGCUGCGGGACGGCCACAGCGAGGAGACCCUGCUCUGGACGCUGACUGACGACCAGGGCUCCCUGUGGAAGGAGGGCCGCACCAUCCUGCCUCGCUCCCCGAAAGACUUCCAGGUUGUGAUGGAGGGUUUCUUCGUGCACGGCACCAGAGGACACAUCUGGAUAGACAACAUCCACAUAAGCUCCAGCACCCCCCUGAAAGAGUGUACACAACCCUUCGCUGCGUUUCCUCCUGAAAACCCAGAACGGAAACCCAAUGAAUUUGGAGAUGGGCGACUUUUCAGCGGCAGAGACCCUCUGGGGGGAGUCCUGCAUUUCCCCGAGUGGAACACGGCGUCCCCGUCAUCCGACCCCCCCGUCACCCGCGUCUCAGAGAAGGACAACUCGUGGCUCUACACCCUGGACCCCAUCCUGGUCACCAUCAUCGUCAUGAGCUCCCUGGGCGUGCUGCUCGGGGCGGGUGUGCGCCGGCCUCCUGCUGUACUGCACUGCUCCUACAGCGGCCUGUCGUCGCGCUCCUCCACCACCCUGGAGAACUACAACUUCGAACUGUACGACGGCCUCAAGCACAAGGUCAAACUGAACCAACAGCGCUGCUGCACCGAGGCGUGAGGGGAGGAGACGCGAGGGAAGACGGGCCGAGAGGGCGCCGCCGCUUUCUAUUGUGGAAACCUCUCGCUGUUUUUCUUCAUUUCCUCCAGUUUCACUUUAGCCUCAGUUUACUUCCUUGAUGGUGCAGAUCCCCCCCCCCCCCCCCCC